AUUUUAAUGUGUCUGCCCGAUGACUUCGUCGUCCACGUGACCGUCAUCAACGUUCGGCACGUAUAUAAACACACGCAUACGCACGUACAUGCGUAUCGAUGCGUGUGCAUGCACGGGUGUGGGGGAACAUAUGUUGAUGCGAGCUCGGGCCCUCGUCGCUGAAAAAAUCUGACUCGUGGCACGGUACUUGGACGCGUAUCUCUCGCGCCAAGAGAUCUGCCUUUAUUGCGGACAGGUGUGCAUAGGAUUGCUCUCGUUUUUUCCAGGGUCGAAGAUUGAACGAAGGGAUGGCGACGUCCGAGAGCGACGCUGACUUCGAGAGUGCCGACGAGGAGCUGGGUCGCGGUGCUCCCGUUAAGAGACCUACCCGGGUGACGACCUACCGCACGACGAUAGACUCCGAAUCGGACGACGACACCGAGUACGUCCAACGCGCGCCUUGCGGCAACACGAAUUGGCAGGGGAGAUCCGAGACUUUCCGGAUAAUGCCAGAUGCGUCGACGGGUCGAGUGACCUCGGUCGACGAUAGGGAUGAUAAGGCAGAUAGUGAUGUCAAAGUUGAAGAUGUUAUAUGUCCCACCAAGUCGGUUAGUCCUCUAGUGGAAAAGACUUCUAACACGCAAGAGACUGUAUCCCGUACUGUGGAGCCAGAAAAGUCAACGCAUUCGACAUCGGUGACACCAACAAAGAGCAAAGAUGCUGAAUCUGUGGUAGAGGCUAGCAAGAUUGUUGCGUCAGAUGCCAUGUCUAAGGUAGACGUUACAAAAACCAAGGAGUUGGGAAAGAAGGAAACUCAAGCGAAGCAACGACAAGGUACUCGUCAUAUGGGCGCAAAAAAGCUAGGAACUAAACUUACUACAAAGGAUAACAUUGAUGAAUCUUGCGUCACUAGUGUAGCUAUGGAACAGGAAGAUGAGUGUUCGGUCAAGUGUUCAAACGAGAAACCCUUAGUGUCGGCGAGCAAGGACAAAGGAUGUAGACCCGAAGAAAAAUCAAAAACUCAAGUAGCAGGUAAUCAAUUUAAACUAUCGAGUGAUCUUCUGUCAGAAAUGGACAUGCCAGAAGAAUUGAAGUCGAAUAAAAAAUUUAAAGAAGUUUUUCAGCCUGAAGGUUGGGAGGGACUUGGGGAUGACGUCGAGUUGCCUGACGAAUUGACGGAAGAGAAAUUACAGCCUAUGUUACAGAGGCUCUCCUUGACGAACAAAGAGGAGAGUAAAGACGAAAGUUCUGUGGGAAGCUGGGGCAGUUGGGGAAACUGGGGUGUAACUUCGUUAAUCAAUACAGCUACUGCGAGCGUAUCUACUCUAACUAAUCAUGUAUCUCAAGGACUUACACUUUUGGAAGGUACAAUAGGAGCACAAGAUCUCACAGAAUCAGAAGAGAUAAAGCAGGAUGCAGUCACUCCAAUUGAUGAUGUACAACCAGAGAGCCAGGAGCAAGAAAGUCGAUCAUAUAGUUCGUUCGGAUUCGGAAAUCUAAUGUCAGGAGUGUCUUCGAUUACAAAAUUGGUUGAAUCUACUAGUAGCAAAGUUAUGACAGGUGGUUUAGAUACAUUGGAGGCUAUCGGAAAGAAAACGAUGGAGGUGUUGCAAGAGGGUGAUCCUGGAUUGAAAAAGAAAAGAGCCUUCUUCAUGAAUGAGACUCAGAAACCAAACUUGUCACAAAUUCUCAGAGAAGCGAAAGAAAAAGCCGAAACCGAAGAGAAAACGAUUGAGGAACGCGAAUUGGCGAGGAAAGUGCAUUUUGAGAGCCUGUUUGACGAUUAUCAGGGACUCGUCCACUUAGAAGCGCUAGAAAUGUUAUCAAAACAGAGCAAUAUGAAAAUUCAACAACAUUUAAUUGAGCUGGAGGCAAAUGACUUGACUUCCGUCCAAGAAACAUUGGAAGAGAUCAAAGAACUUUGUGAUUUAGGUGAUGAAGAUGACGAAGAUAAAGAUAAUAAAGAUUUGAAGAACAGAUUAGAGAAUGCUUGCCAUGAGCUUGGUGUCGACAUUACUUACGAAAAACUAUAUAAUGUUUGGACAGAAACGGAAAGUUAUCUUGCGUCCUCAACGCACACGAAUCAAGAAAUCUUUCAGAACGCCAUAUCAACACUGGCACAAUUUACAGCAUUCUCUGUAGAAAGAUUUCAUAAAACGGCAGAAUUGCUGUUAAUCAAGGAACGCCGCAGUACAGUGAACGAAGCAGACGCCUUGGUGGAACUUACCAAUAUUCUAUCCGAUCAAAUUAGCUUAUUGGCCAAUUCAUUUUGCGAUACAUUACAUCAGUUUGCCGAGACUGUGGAAAAAUCAGAUAACAUCAAUGCAAAUAUAACAACAAUUUUCUUAGAAGCUACUAACGCAAAUUCGUAUAUUCAAGAUGCCUUCAGACUCUUAAUUCCUAUUCUGCAAGUUGGUGCAAUCUAAUGAAUAUAAUGAAUUAUAAAGUAUAUUAAAUAAGAUAUCUCUUUUUAUAUUUAAUUAUAUGGUUUCGAUUAAAUAUAAUUUUUUAAUAUAAUUUUCAAUGUAGGAAUAGAACAUAAUAUUACUAUUUCCCUGUUUUAUAAAUACUUUCUAUUUUGUCAUUCAAAAUAGUAUAUUCGAAAAAGAGAUUAAUUUAAUUAUAUUUUUAAUAAUGUGUUUACUAAAUAUAUCAGACUAUUUAAUGUAUUCUGAAAGUUUUUUGCUGUUGUUAGUUUUUACAGUAUUUCAUGUUUAUAAAUACACGAAAUAAUUACAGAUACAUGUAAUAAUGUUAUCUACAUGUACACAUAUAUGUUGGGAUCUAUUUUUUGGGCAAGUUUAGUAGAAAAUUGUUUUAAUAUUUUUUUGCGUCAAUGAUGCACAUAAUAUUACAAAAUAACUAAACUUUAACUGUUUAAUAAUAUAAAAGUAUGAUUAAUGUAAAAUAUGUCUGUAACAUAAGGUACAAAUUUUAAUAAAGAUUACACUAUGUAUAUAUCGACA